AUGAUCACUAAUAAAUUAUUUAAACCAAAACUAGAAUCAAAAUAAUUUAAUGUUAGCAAAAAGGUAAGGCAAACAUGCUGUUUUUACCCACAAAGUUUAAUCAUCUGUUAUGAUUUAAUAAGAAAAAUUCCUAUACCAUUAAAAGGAGUUCAUUAUUUUUUAAAAGUUUAACCUGGUUUUGUAAUAGUGGAAUUAAAAUAAACCUAUUCGACUUAAGGUUAUAACUAACCAAUAGAACUAGAAUACUUAUUUUCAAUUAAUAAUAAUGCAGCAGUAACUAAAAUGAUUGUUGAAUUAGGAGACAUAAAGGUUUAUGGGAUUGUUAAGGAAAAAGAGGAAGCUAAAUAGUAGUAUGAAGAUGGAAUAAAGUAGGGAAAAACAAUGGCCUAUAGUGAGUAAGAUGAGGAAUUUCCUGAAAUUAAAAGAGUUAAAAUUGGAGCACUUGCUCCAAACAAAUAAUUAAAUAUCAUUUUUGAAUACAUAUAACCUUUGGAUGUUGUUUUGAAUAAAUUAUGGAAGGUAGAAGUUUAACCAAUGGUUGAUAACAACUAUUUUAGCCUUAAUCAACAAAGCUAGAGAAUUUAUAAUAAUUAUUUUGAAAGACUCAACAGAUAUCUUGAGAAACUUGUUAAUAUUGAUUAGUUUGAAUACAACUUUAAGCAAGAUAUUACAGUAUCAAUAGAUAUCGGGUCUCCAAUCACAUAUUACAAAUGUCCAACCCAUAAAAUUUUAAGCGGAAAUGCUAAAAAUGAAUACGCAAAGCAAGAAAUUGGUGAGGAUAAAUUAAAGAAAUUAUAUCUUAUGUUGGAGGAUANGAUAGCCUAUUCAUUAAAUUUAAAUUUAACUUUAACUUUUUGCAUUAUCAAACAUUUUUUUAAUAAAUUAUAUCAUUGUUAAUUGUUUCCUGUUUAUAAAGGAAAUCUUAUAUAGUAGUCUAUCAAUUUCAGAAGUACAAAUAUAUAAAUUGACAAUUGA